GAAACAAGUAGAGCCAUGGACUGGAUAUAAACACCAGCAAAACCAAGCUAAUGAUCAUCAGCAAGGAAAACAUAACUGGAGCAAAUCUGUACGUCAACCAAAUGAGAAUUGAACGAGUCUCACAAUACAACUACUUGGAAACUAUAAUCAAUGAGUCGUGGGACCAUACCCAAGAGAUUAAAUAUCGCAUCGGUAAGGCAAAAAGUGCAUUCUUGACUAUGAGUUCUGUGUUCAAGAGCCGUGUACUCAGUGCUUCUGUACCGAGAAGAAACGUGGACAUUGAACGCGGACACUCUAUCAAAACUUCAGGCUUUUGA